AAACAGUUCAAAUUGUUCAGCUUACAAAAUGCUAGUACUACUGGUAAUCGAUCAAGCAAGCAGUAUAUAUCCUUUAGAUGGAACUAUGGAUUGACUAGACCUCAUUCGUCAUACUACAUGGGCUGUGGCGGAUACCGAGUUGCAACGCCCGCCAAACCCUCAGCGCCACAAAGUCUCUACCGUAGGCUUGCCUAACUGCAGCUCACCAGCUAAGCUACUAACAGUAGACUGUGCAUCACGUCACCGUUCAGUUGUAGUGCGGAUGUCUCAGGUUCGUCAUUACGAUUCUGACCAGCAACUUAACAUCGUUAGCUUCUCGCAUUCCAACUCUCAUCAUUCUAGCAUAACAACAACACCUUCGUGCACAUACUUUAUUCAACUUCUCUUCAUCAAUGGCUUUUGAAAUACAGCAACUCCUCACAUCUGGCAGGAUCCAGAAGUGCGGCUUCACUCCCUUGUAUUCCCCCUAUGAAUCCAGCGUCUCCGACGCUGAAGUCAUGUCUCCUUUCUCUGUCAUCGCCCAAGACAUUUCACCAGACACCUCCCACUUUUCAGUAGACUCCAACAAUUCGUCUACUCAGAAAUCUAAGCGCAGGCGCAAUCGGCGUGGUCACUUUUCUAGGCGCAGACGCUCUUCCAAACGGAAGGCGGCCGUGAACUCCCAAGAUGUCAGUGCUUUUGCUGACUCUUUGAAUCUGGAAGGUCUUGCCAGCCUUUCCUCCAACUGGCUCAAUCUGUCCUUUCCGGACCGCACUCCUGGCUACGCGGACUAUUUUGUGAAUUACUGGCGGCACGCAGUAGCAGUGCAGAAGGACCUUUUCAUGGAUAAUUUCACUCGCAUCAUGGCAGUGGUCCAUGAGGAUUUAUGGGCUGGCUCAGCCGUCCGCUCGACUCAGCCCACGGUGCAAGGCAAUGAGGCGCCUUCCAGAUGCAUCCAAUACGAAGACGAUCUAUUUGCAGUUACUUGUCCAUGGGACAAUGAUGACUGGAAUCGCCUAGACGACUGGAGGCGGGGAGAUGACGAAGUUCAUAUCCCGACCGACGAUCAGCGUAAUUAUGGAGCCAUUGGCCAACCAUUGGUAUAUCCGCAGCGCAACAUGGGCACCAAUUUCGAGAUCGUGGCACCAAAGCCUUUCCGCGCAUGGUACGAGCCAAGAAGCUGGCUGGCCCAUCCACCUGUCGCUCCUGAACCAGUAACCAGUCCCAAAGCGGGUUCUCUCAAAGUGUCUGUGGAGCCCGAAUCACCAGGCGUGGUGCAUGACAUCCCUCUGUACCAUCUUCCGGAUUUCCACAUCGACGUCAUUUUUGCAGGCCCACGGGCUCUUCAAAUAGAGAGGAACGCUAGUCAUUCCUCUACGACCACGGGAUAUGCGGAGUCGGUCACCCUCUGCGACUCGGAGGAUAUGACUAAAUACACGUCAUCCUCCCAACACAGCGCAUCUCCUUCGUCCUACUUAUCCGCGGUUGCUGCCUCUAUCAUGCCACCCCCUGGCGGGUAUGCAUCUCCUUCGUCCUACUUAUCCGCGGUUGCUGCCUCUAUUAUGCCACCCCCUGGCGGGUAUGCGUCUCCUCCGCGCGACAAUUAUCCUGAUCAUACCAUUUGUAAAACUGAGAAGGCCGUUCGUCUUGAAAGACAAUAUUCGAGACAGCAGAAGAUGUCCCGGUUUUCAUGUAUGUCUUAUGAUCAAAAAGUUGCUGAGAUUGAGAGAUCGAUCAGAUGGAUGAGAGCUCAUUCGCGACGGGUAUGACAUAGACUUAGAUGCAUGAUACUACUUUGUACACCAACGUUUCCAUACUUUAAAAUGCAC